AUGUUUGUGCUCGGCGUGCACCGCGGGGGGUCGUCUCGCUCCACUCAGCUCAUUGCAAACUUCAUGACAGGCUAUCAGGUCCUGCUUUUAGACGAGGAUCGAGGCUGGCUGCUGGUCGGAGGGAAAGACCACAUUUACCUGCUGAGUCCCGACAACCUGCAACGCCCCUUUCAGAAGAUCCACUGGCCCGCUGCACAAGAACAUGUGGAGCACUGCAGGCUGGCAGGAAAAAGUCUGGAGAGGGACUGUGCCAACUUUGUUCGCGUGCUGCAGCCGUUCAAUAAGACUCACGUUUACGCGUGUGGAACCGGUGCCUUCCAUCCACAGUGCACGUACCUGCAGCUCAGCCACAACUCUGAGAGGCCCAUGUUCAAGUUGUCCCACACAGUUGAGUCAGGACGAGGAAAAUGUCCCUUCAGUCCCAGAGAGCCCUUCACUGUCAGACUGACCGAUGGCGAACUUUAUGCCGGCACUUCCGUCGACUUUAUGGGAGCCAACGCAGCGAUUUUCCGCACAUCCGUUCAGGGCAGCAGUCAGCAUUACCUCCGCACUGAGGCCUACGAACAGAACUGGCUCAACGAACCGGACUUUGUGGGCUCCUUCUCCAUCCCCGAUACUCACAGUCCGGAUGAUGAUAAGGUUUACUUCUUCUUCAAGGAGAAGGCAGUGGAGGCCGGCCAGUGGGACAGGAGGGUCUACAGCCGAGUGGCCCGAGUCUGCAAGAACGACGUUGGCGGGAAGAGGAGUCUGAUCAACCGCUGGACCACCUUCCUCAAAGCCAGAUUGGUCUGUUCUGUUCCCGGCCCGUCUGGAGUCGAUACGCACUUUGAUGAACUGGAGGACGUCUUUGUUCUGGAAACCAAGGAUCCUCAGAACCCGACCAUCUAUGGCGUCUUCAAGACCUCCAGCUCCAUAUUCCGAGGCUCAGCUGUGUGCGUCUACUCCAUGGCAUCAAUCCGUGCCGCCUUCAACGGACCCUUUGCCCACAAAGAAGGUCCUGACUACCGCUGGGUUGAGUACAAAGGCCGCAUCCCCUACCCCAGACCUGGAACUUGUCCAAGCGAGACGUACGACGCUCUGCACAAGUCCACCAAGGACUUCCCAGAUGAGGUGGUGAGCUUCAUACGGCAGCACCAGCUGAUGUGGGAGCCCGUCCUGCCCCUGGGCGGCCGACCCGUCCUGACCCGGGUCAACUCUCCGUACCUGCUGAAGAAGGUUGUUGUGGACCGAGUGGAGGCUCAGGAUGGACCGUAUGAUGUCUUACACCUGGGGACAGAUGAUGGGAAGGUGGUGAAGGCUGUGUCUGUCAUCAAAGACAACUGGGAAACAGAGGAGGUCAUUCUGGAAGAGCUAACCAUGUUCCAGGUGAGAUUAUUCCGAACCGAUCCGUCUAUCAGCCAGUCAGAGCAGCAGCUGCAGGCCCAAACAGCCUCCUAUCAGACAGAUUAACUCCAAACUGAUGUAAUGGAUCAGGACUUUUAAGGCUAAG